UUUUCGUUGCUUCUCUCCUACCCUGCCCCUGCCGACGCUUCUUUCCUCUUCAGUUCCAACUUCUCUUCUCAGUUGUCAGUUGUCACCCUGCAACCAUGGCCGUUGUUGCUUCAUCCGCCAGUCGUAUCCUCUCUCUGACGAUUCGUUCACUUCUGCUAGAGUUUUGCUUCCCAUGUUCUCAAUCGAUCGCUUUCCUUUCUACUGAUGGGUGUGGAGCAAGUGACUUGACUAGUAAUCCAGCUAAGCAAUUGCCUCGCUCAGCAAGCCCUUUUCAUGUUAACCCAAGCCCUUACUAUUUCCACAAUCCUUAUUACUAUGGGGGGUAUGAUGGACUUGGCAAUGACUGGAAUGACUAUAGUAGAUCUGUAACUCCUGAUGGAGUUGAGAUGCAACAUGGUAUGUUUCAUGACAACGAUGCUGCUAUGUUCUCCCAAGGUUAUGGUUAUCUGCCUUUUGGAUCAUAUAUGCCUCCCCCGGAUAGCCAUCUGCAGGGUACACAGCAAUAUCAUUCUUCAGAUAAUACCCUUCACUCUUACAGCCAUGUUGGUUCCCUUCCAACAGAGAUUCAAGCUAAAGCCACCUGUGACAAAGUACCCUUGGGUGUUGGAACGGCAACUGGGGGGAAUGCUGGAGGUCUAGGUAAAAAUAAUGGAAAACCUUUCAAACCAAGUACCCAAAAUUCUUUUUUAAAAUCAGGUGUUCCUUAUAAAAAUGGAGGUGGCAGAACAACUUAUUCUCCAUCAAGUUAUCAGGAUCUGUGGCCGGGUUACGGUGGAUUUCAGUCAUUCCCCUGGUUGGAUGCUCCUGUGCUUUCUAAUGGGCCAUCAAAACAUGGAAGUGGUGGCGGUUUCUCUUCAGGGCUGAAUUCACAAUCAACAAGACCUACUUCUGCCUUUGGCAAAGGUACUGGAUACAUGAUGUACCCACCUAAUGGGAUGUAUGGUCCUUAUGGAUCUGUUGGCUAUAACUCUUGGACAAAUGGGCAUGGUUGGAUGGUUGUCGAUAAUAAGUACAAAUCAAAAUGUCGUGGCUAUGGCAAUGAGAAUAUAGACGGGUUAAGUGAGUUGAACAGGGGACCUAGGGCCAAGAGUUUUAAGAACCACAAGGAGAUAGCUACUGGCACCGAAGCUGCUGUGGAGGGGCAAAACAUUCCAGCAACCGAGACUAAUAAAGAGGAGAAGUUUGAACAGUAUAACAGGGAAGAUUUCAAGGAGGACUAUACAGAAGCCCGAUUCUUUGUCAUCAAAUCAUACAGUGAAGACGACGUACAUAAGAGUAUCAAAUAUGGUGUUUGGACUAGCACACUUAAUGGAAAUAAAAAGCUGGAUGCAGCUUAUCAGGAAGCCCAAGCAAAUCCUGGCGGUGGCCCCAUAUUUUUACUAUUUUCUGUAAACACGAGUGGGCAAUUUGUUGGCUUGGCUGAGAUGAUUGGUCGUGUUGAUUUUGACAAAACUGUGGAGCACUGGCAGCAAGAGAAAUGGAAGGGAUGCUUCCCUGUGAAGUGGCAUAUUGUAAAGGACAUACCAAACAGUUCUUUGAGACACAUUACACUUGAGAACAAUGAAAACAAACCUGUAACUAAUAGUCGGGACACUCAGGAGGUCGACAGUGAGAAGGGCAUUCAGAUUCUAAAAAAUUUCAAGAGUUAUGUGGUGAAGACAUCUAUCUUGGAUGAUUUUGGGUUUUAUGCAGCUCGUGAGAGGGUAAUGCAAGAGAGAAGGGCUAGGCAGAGGACUCAAAGGCAGGUCUCUGAAGGUAAACCCGGUGUGAAUGUGAUUCCUGACGGAGCUGCUCUGAAGCAUCCGGAAAAGGAUGGAUCGAAUGGAGUAAUCGGAGUAGCUGGUGUGGAUGUGAAAUCGGUUGUCGACUCGCAUGAGACCAAAGCUACCGCUGCAAAUCUGGUUGCAGGUGGCUGCUAAUUUUGUAGCCAAGGGUUGUAGAGAGUAGGUAUCAAGGGUGACUGAAUUCCUGGACUUUUGAUAGUGAAUUGACUAAUUGGCUAUUUCUGCAAGCACUGAAAGUGUAACUGAACAAGUGGUUAGGACAUUGUUUCUAACAAAAUACGAUGGUAACUAGACACCACAUUUUGUCGAGGGAGGGUUGCGAGAGAAACAAAAUACAACAAUGAACUCAAGUGUUGGAUCACCAGACA